AUGGCGGUGGAGGACAGCAAGGUGCGGGUUGUGGUCCGGGUGCGGCCGCCCACCCCACGGGAGCUGGAGAGCCAGCGGCGGCCUGUGAUUCAGGUGGUGGACGAGCGCGUGCUGGUGUUUGACCCUGAGGAGCCCGAUGGGGGCUUCCUUGGCCUGAAAUGGGGCGGCAUCCACGAGGGCCCCAAGAAGAAGGGCAAAGACCUGACGUUUGUCUUUGACCGGGUCUUUGGCGAGCUGGCCACCCAACAGGACGUGUUCCAGCACACCACCCAUAGCAUCCUGGACAGCUUCCUCCAGGGCUACAACUGCUCAGUGUUUGCCUAUGGGGCCACGGGGGCAGGAAAGACGCACACCAUGCUGGGAAGAGAGGGUGACCCCGGCAUCAUGUAUCUGACCACCAUGGAGCUGUACAGGCGGCUGGAGGCCUGCCAGGAGGAGAAGCGAUUUGAGGUGCUCAUCAGCUACCAGGAGGUGUACAAUGAGCAGAUCCACGACCUCCUGGAGCCCAAGGGACCCCUUGCCAUCCGCGAGGACCCCGACAAGGGGGUGGUCGUACAAGGACUUUCCUUCCACCAGCCAACCUCAGCUGAGCAGCUGCUGGAGAUGCUGACCAGGGGGAACCGCAACCGCACGCAGCACCCCACAGAUGCCAACGCUACGUCCUCCCGCUCCCAUGCCAUCUUCCAGAUCUUCGUGAAGCAGCAGGACCGGGUCCCAGGUCUGACCCAGGCCCUUCGGGUGGCCAAGAUGAGCCUGAUUGACCUGGCUGGCUCGGAGCGGGCAUCCAGCACCCACGCCAAGGGGGAGCGGCUGCGGGAGGGCGCCAACAUCAACCGCUCUCUGCUGGCCCUCAUCAACGUCCUCAACGCCCUGGCUGACGCGAAGGGUCGCAAGUCUCAUGUGCCUUACCGGGACAGCAAACUGACCCGCCUGCUCAAGGACUCCAUCGGGGGCAACUGCCGCACGGUGAUGAUCGCUGCCGUCAGCCCCUCCAGCCUGACGUAUGAGGACACUUACAACACCCUCAAGUACGCCGACCGGGCCAAGGAGAUCAGACUCGCGCUGAAGAGCAAUGUGGUCAGCCUGGACUGCCACAUCAGCCAGUACGCCACCAUCUGCCAGCAGCUCCAGGCUGAGGUGGCCACCCUGAAGGAGAAGCUCCGAGCAUAUGAGGCGGGAGCCCAGGCCCCACAAGAGGACCUUCCACAGCCCCCCAAAUCGGUCCCUCCACAACAACUCCAGCCCUGCACCCCGGAGCUCCACCCACGGCCUGCGGUCCUUCCAGCAGAGAGCCUCGGGGCAGAGGCCCAGGUCAGGAGAGCCAUGGAAGGGAACUCUUUGGACCAGGAGCAGCCCCCAGAGGACAAGGACAAAGGCCCGGCCCUGGAGCUUCCAAUCCAGGUGCCAGAACAGAGCCUCCGACAGUCACUGCCGGAGUCCCCUGGCCUGAUCCUGGAGCCCAAGCAUGUCGCAGGCCACCUCUCACCACAGAACCUGGAAAGGGACCAUUCUAAGCAGCUGGCGCUGAAGGUGCUGUGUCUGGCACAGCGGCAGUACUCUCUGCUCCAAGCAGCCAACCUCCUGACCCCCGACAUGAUUGCAGAGUUUGAGACCCUACAGCAGCUGGUGCAAGAGGGAAGAGCUGGGCCUGGAACAGAGGCCUCAGGGGCUUCUGGCCCAGCCAGGGGGGCACCUCUGGCUCAGGUGCUGUGUUCAGAAUCAGGUGAGUCUCCUCAGUCCCUGAUCCCUUCUCAAUACCCAGAGCCUCCGGGAUACUCUGGCCCUGUGACGCGGACCAUGGCAAGGCGACGGAGCGGCCUCAUGCACAGCCUGGGGAUCUCCCCGGGGCCUGACUGCGCCUCAGCCCAGGCAUCUCUGCAGCCCAAGAAGAAAAGGAGGAGACUGAGCCCCUCAGAGGAAGAUGGUCCCCCAGCCCCAAAGCCGGGGACCAAGCGCCAGCGCCAGUCCUUCCUGCCCUGCUUGAGAAGGGGGUCCCUGCCUGAGGCUCAGCCUUCAGUCGGACCCACCACCCCCAAAGCGGGGAGGGUCUCUUCUCCCUGCCACUCCCCUCGCUUCUGCCCGGCCACAGUCAUCAAAAGCCGGGUGCCUCUGGGCUCUUUGGCUCUGCAGAACUGCUCCACCCCUCUGUCCCUGCCUGCUCGGGACCUCAACGCCACCUUUGAUCUCUCCGAGGAGCCCCCCUCAAAGCUGGGUUUCCGCGAAUGCACUGGCUGGGAAAACGCGCCCCACAACACUCUGGAUCAGCCCUUCCUCCCCAGUGGACCCGCGGCCCUGUUCACCGUGAAGGGCCCCAAGGCAGCCUCGUCCUUCCCUGAGACCUCAGCCUGCAAGAAGAGGCAUGUGGUGAGCUCCUCAGUCUCCCGCCGCAGCCGCAUUGCCCGCCUCCCCAGCAGCACCUUGAAGAGGCCGGCUGAGUCCCUUGCAACCCCAGAGCUCCCCUUCAGUGCCCACUGCCCUGGCAGCCUGCGGAGCCAGAGGGAACAGAUCAGGGUCAGGGGAGUGCUGUCAGCUGGGAACUGCGUAGCCAAGGUGUCCUGA